AUGGAGGCUGUUAACUACGCUUGGCGUAUCUAUAAAUGUAGGACAAAACAAAAGUACUUUUAUGCAUUUGCAACUAAUGAAAAAAGAAGGGCAGAGCGUCCAAAAACAUUGCUAGAAACAUAUUUUGAAGACCUUUUAAACUACUGGAAUUUGCCAAAAGUUCAGGAGGAAAGUGAGACCAACAAAAGAAAUCGUGAAAAGCUUGAUGACAUUCACACUAUGGGUCCAAAUUCGUAUGCAAUAUUACGUCAUAAAUUGGAAGCUAAUCCCGAAAUCAAUAUCAAGGUUCCUGAACACCCAAAUGCAUCUAAUCAAAGGGAUGCAACUAGUGAUAUGUCACAGGCUAAUGACCACACUGGUGAAUAA